AUGGAUUUUCGCGCGAACAUGGCGAGUGUCACGAGCGCUAUGGAAUCCGGCAUGAGCCUCUGUGGUAAGACGAAUGCUGUCAUUGAAUCAUGGAAUGAUACCCCUCCUCUCAUGUACGCCCUUCACAACGAGCUCUCGGAUCUCGUUAUUGUUCUCGACAACGUACAAGCAGUCAGCGAGUCCACGAUAUCCGGUCAUAGCAGGGAGCAUGCUGAGCUCUUUGCAGACCUUGAACGCCCUCUGGCCGAAGCAUGUCGACUCCUGACGACAGUUGAAGUCCUGGUAGCAGAAUUGCUGGAGGCGCGCGAUGCUAGAACACGAUGUAGAGUCUUGUCCAAGAUUGGACAUACGACAAGCCUCAAGGACCGCUUGAGGGAUACGCAGCUUGAUCUGAAGGAAAUCCACGGGAUCACGAAAGAGAGGAAUCAAAAGUCACUCAUGGAGCUCGACACUCACAAGAUCAAAGUGGAAACAAAGCAAGAAAUUUUAAAGGAAAGGCAUGAUAGGCCAUCAAGUCGAGAAUUGGCGCUGGGUCUCGCAUUACCUUUCGUGGAACGCGGAAAUCAUAAGCAUAUGACAGCAACCGAUAUGGAAGAUCAGAAGAAUAGCGUUGCCAAAGUCUUGGAGAGGAUCGAUGGGCAUAGGAUUGGGUUUGAUAACAGCACAGUUGUGCAGCCCGCGGAGUCUUCAUCGCCCAGAAAACGCCAAGGCAAUGCUGUAACGAAGAAUGUGGCUCCUGCUCCAGCAGUCGCAACAAGCCUCCAUGCCGGCGCAAAAGCACUUGGGGCCAUAUCACCCGUCAGUUUCGUCAUGCAGAGUCGGAGAAAGGCAACAUGCUCAUCAGCCUGCCCGUGCGCAUGUCAUUCGCGGCCAGCUCAGCACAUUUGGUUCCGGAGUGGGCUUCUCGGGAUGCUUUUCAUCGGCUACUCGGGCCAGCCAGCAAAGGGACCGCAGUGUAAUUCUAUCAACUGCCUUGAACAGGGAAGAACCUCAUUGGAAGUCAAGUAUGUUUUCCCGGGCUGGUUCGUAUACUAUGCCAUAUCAGCAACGUUCAGCAAAACAGUCCAGGGAAGCCCAAGAUUCGAAUUGGUGUUUAAGAGACGCAUCGACUUCUUCCCGGGCACGAUCAUGCUCGCGGUCAAGACAGACGACCUAGAGGCACUGAAGCUAUGUCUUAAGCUUGACCCAGACGCGAUCAACUGUGUUGUCCCUGGCUCGGGCUGGGGCCCCUUGCAUAUUGCGAUAGAGUUGGGCUUUAUCAAAUCUACCCGAUUCCUACUUCAACAAGGUUCCGAUCUCGAUCAGGUCGACGACUACGGGAGGUCUGCCGGCGGUUCUUUCAUUUUAAACCUGCUCUCUGGCAGAUAUAAUGCAGAACAGCUCCGACAGUUCAGCGAGCUGAUUUCUACGUCGAAGUACCUAGAUGACCUCGAGCUUUCCCACCUCAGCAAAGUAGUCGUAGGCAUCUGCCAAGGCGACAUCCACAAGCUCGUCAGGACCCUCACAAAAGAGGAACUCGACCACAAAGACGCAAUCUUUCAGAUGACAGCAGUCCACUGGGCCGCUGUUCGCCAAGACGACACCACCCUGCGCGCCCUCCUCGACGCCGGCGCCGCUCCCGACCUGAACAACCUGACAGGCGUCCGACCGCUAUCCCUCUGCCUCAAGAAGGGCGAGAACCCGGACGCAAUAUCUUGCUUCGAGGCACUGGCCAGCUACGGGGCAGACUUGAACCACCGCGACCCCGUGAUCGGAUGGCAGCCCAUCCAUUGGACCUGCAGGACGAACUGUGUCCAAGUGGCCAAGCGCCUCGUCGCCGCCGGGACCGACGUCGACUCCAGGGCACUGAAGCCAGGCGUUAAUGACACACCUGCAGCGGCGCUGGCGGCGUGGUGGGGCAGUUUUGACGUGCUCAAGUUCUUGGUGGACAAUGGCGCCGACAUCGAGGCUGACAACGGCGUUGGCCAUACGUCCCUUGUUGCUGCGCUGCUGCAGAACCAACAUUCUUGUUUGAGGUUCUUGCUUGAGAGAGGAGCCAAUUAUCUCCUACCCGAACUGCCAGGGGAGAAUAUUCUUCAUCUAGUCGCACAGCUUGGGGAUGCUGAGACGAUGUCCAUUUUCAGUGCGGUUGGCAUGAGGGGUGUUGACGUUGACGAGAGGAAUAAAUCUGGGCUCACUCCAAGGGAAAUAUUUAUGAGAAAACCCGCGACGGACAAGAUACAGGAAAAUGCGUUUGAGGAGCUUUUACGAUCAGUGGAAACACUGCGUGGUAGUGAAGAUGAUUUGCUUGAAGAGGAUGAGGAUUUGUUCUUCGAUGCGGAGGAAAGUAAGUGA